AUGACGCGGACUCGAAGAGCUUCAACCACCAGCGUCACCACCACCUCGACAUGGCACGACACUCCCUCGAAUCCAAUGCGAACACACACUAACCUCGAGAGAGGAGACAUCAAAGUUCUUCUGCGCUGUGUCCUGGUGGUGCGCUCUUCAGGUGGUCUGGCUCCGAAACAGCAGGCAGAACUCGAAGCUGCAGCAACUCUGCAUCUUGAAACGAUCAAGACUGAGCUUGGAAUCUCCGACGAUGUCCACGUCGUCUAUCUCAAGUCUCGUCAGAGCAACAUUGCUCUUCCCAACGUUGGUCACGAACGUCAAUUUGGCUUGAAAAGCCUUGGCGAAGCGCUGGUCGCUACCCAAGGAACCCAUCUAAACGUUGUGGCUCUCUCUUACACUGGCCUUACAACAGACAUCGGCAGUCUGAGAUCCUGGUGCAGUCAAGUCGCUAAGCAGGUCGAGUCCUUCAGCAUCUCAGAGGGCAUCACGAGCAGUGCGACUACUUUCUGCAUGUCUACGGAGGGCAAAGAGCAGCGAAAAGGAGCCGAGAUGUCAUGA